UAUUCAUAAUUACGGCCAGAGGCAGUAGCAUAGAACGGAUAAGCAGGCAUUGGUGGAGAACGCAAACAAACGGAACUUCACAAACACAACGCACACAAACAGCAACAAUUCCGAUCAAGAAAUGGCUAAUAUAGUUAGCAAUCACAACAGUAGCAGCAGCAGCAAUGGCACCAAGUACACAAUAUCUUACAAUAAUUUAAACAACGCUAGUACGAACAGCAAUGGAAUUGGCAGUGCUGGCAGCGAGGUGCAGACUUUGCGCGACGUUAUGACCUGUAAUAUGCUGAACGCGGGAGUAGGAACAGGUCCUGUCAACUAUAUGAUACCAACAGGUGGUUGUGUCUACGACCACAUCAUUGCCAUGAUGAAGGGCCUUGAUCUGGAGGAUGAUGGUAUAUUGUUGAACAGGAAGAUAAAGGCCAUAGAAACGGAUUUCUACAACAUUAUUCGCGACGAAUCGAUGCUGUGUGAGUCCAUGGAGUAUAUGAACGAUAAAGCAUUAGGCGAUGGAGACACUGCUCUGAAAUUUGCUCUACUUUUUUCAUCCCGGAACUUCGAUGCGUUGGCUAUGAAAGAGACAAAGGUCCGAAGUGCUAUGCUAAAGAUCCUGGAGACAAAUUUCAUCAAUGCAGACGCAUACCGAGAGCAUGACAAGAAUCGUCUGUACAACUCCAUAACACUUUUAGGCGAAUACUAUCAUCGCGUUCGUUUGGCCAACAAUGCACCUAUUACAAUUUUGGGUGAAUCGCUGCUCAAUCUACUUACAAGGGAGAUCAAUGACACCUCAUUGGUAAUAAAUACUCGAUUGGCGCGUUUGAUUUUAUCACAGAUUACGCUUAAUGGCGAGAUAAUGCGCUCGCGCCAUAAGGUAGAAAUUGACCAACUACUGUACCAUAUUAGACGCCACCUGAUAAUGCAGCCGGUGCUAACGCCUAAAGUAAAAGCUAUGCUGCUUAUGGUGUUGGAUUUGUUCUACAGCCAUUUUAAGCACAUUGGCUUCGAGUUGGAGGCAAUGUACUCAGACUACCUGGUUGCUGAGAGUGCGGAAGACGAUGGUAUUAAUAACAAUAGUGUAGCUGUGCAGCCGCAGACUCAGUACCAGCAGCAACAAGAGUCUCAAAGUGCGUAUAUAGAAGGACAUGGGAGAAGUAACACUGAUAAUGCCAGCCAAACAAAUAAGUCCACCCACGAUUCUUUUGAGUUGCAGCCUACGAUGAAGAAAUGGAUCGAGCAAGUCUGUGAAGAUUCGCUCUGCGAUAUUGGUUUUGGCGAGGCGGAUAUUGGUAGUGGUGAUCUUUACAGUCAAGUCGAGCACGAACAAGCACGAGAAAGCAACAGAAAUUCAAGUAACGAAGGAGGCGUGAAUCGCCAAAGCCGACGCCCAUAUCAGCCGCGCACAUCACCGCGUCCUUUGAAACACCCUCAGGUGGCCAAUGAAGACCGCUCCGAAGGACUCGAUCAAUACGCGUCUGUGGGAAACAGUGAAGAUCGUGAUAAGACUAAGCCUUCACCUAGCUGGCGCAAGACUCGUUUUAAUCGCCCCAUCGAUGGUGAUAAUCAAAACGGACGUUCGAGCAACCAACAACGUCGCUAUAGCGCCAGCUUCGAUGACGACCACCACAUCGUGCGUAGCGAUGGCGGUAAUUUACGUCUAUAUACCAUACACGAUCGUCGUAAGCAUUCCCAGGAACGUUAUGAGAGGAAUCUUGGCAGCAACAAUUACAGCAGCAUUGUGAACUCCAAUUGGGACCAACGGGAUGAUCGCAGCGAACGCCCAUAUAUUAGCAAUUAUGAGCCUGGCAAUUAUAAGCGCGGAGGGCGCUUUCACAAUCGUAAUACGUACGAUAAGUCACCACGGUUCCAAAAGCAGCAGCAAUAGCAACAUCACUCACCUCAUGGGCACCAAAAUAAAGACAAUCAGAAGAUUCACAGCGAGACGUGGCGUCGCUAAAAUACGUCCAUAAACAAUUCUUAUCAGGAUAAGAACUGUGCCUACAACUCCAGUGGGCACGAGUCAAAUAGUUGCAGUUCAUCACCAAAAUCACAAAUGUACGAUGGAAAGUCGAAUGCAUCAUAUCGUCAGCGUCAUCGCAAUUUCACGCGACGUUCCCAGCCGCAUAUACACCAACCGAAUGCUGAGAACUGACAGGCCCAGGGAAGCACCAAGGAUGAGACCGAGAUAGUUCGGAAUGCCCAAGAAACCACAAAACACAUGAACUAUUUGUCCGCGAAGAAAUGAGAAAAGGCUCCAGGGCGGCGGGUCCCCGCGGCAAAAGGACACUUCGUCGCAAAAACAAUGAAGCUCAUUCAUCCUUAUAUUUAUUCUGCCUACAAUGUCUUGCACAAUUAAAGAUGCAAUUGAUUUUGAUCAACUUCGGUUUGUGUUGGUUGUGCGAGAAUUUUAUGCAUAUUAAAUGUGCACGAUUAGGUGGCGUGACUUCGACAAAGUUUACUCACCUAAAAAAGGCUGUGGUGGUUUGAGGUGGUCCUGCCCUGUACGCAUUGUCAUCCAAUUUAACGUGUGUAAUAACGUGCGAAAUAAAUUUUUAAAAUUGCAAAAGUUAA